UUAAUACACAAGAUGGCGGCAGAAGCAUCCUCUGUGGUGACAUCGAAAGCUCCAGCAACUCCGUGUUUUCGUGCAUCGUAUCCGAAGGAAAUGUUUUCGGCACUUUGUAUUUUUAGAAUCCAGAGGUAACAUGCAUGAUAAUGUUUCACGUUAUGUGGCGAAAGUCUUUGUAAAGGUCAUCAUUCUUAGACAUCCAAGGUCGUUCGCGGUCCCUUUGCUUUCCUCCCUCUCCCGUCGAGAGACGGAGGAAAGCGAAGGGACCGCGAACGACCUCGGACGUCUGAGAAUCGGGCUACAUCUACUGCAGCAUAUAAUAUAUGCUGCAGUAGAUUUAGCCUGAUUCUCUCUUGGGUAUAUUAUACCCAACUUUCGUCGAAACCCUGGAUAUGAGGAUUUCUCAUGUCACGCUUUCUCUUUUUCCCUGUGAUGUUCCCAAUGUUGAGAUUCGCGUUUUUACAAAUGGGUCAAUACUUGGAUCAAUAUGAUAUCGGGGGGAUUGUAAUGUGUGAAAUUUCAACACAUGUGACGAAUAUAUAUGAUAAUAAUUAUUAUUUUAUUGUAGCUUUCAUUUCCUACAAUCAUGUUAUUAAUAGUGCUCGCAUUUGUGACUAUCAAAACCGAAACACUUUACUCAGAGGUCGAGUGACAGGAAGCUGUAUAUACAUGUAACAGAACCCUUUUUCAGCUCGCAAAUAGUCGUGGGACAGUCCGAUUUCCUGGUCGAUGCAUGUUAGUAGGCACUAUUCUCGAUGGUGAUUAUGUUUGAUAAAUUCUUAAUGCUAUUGUGACCACUCCUCUUCACAUAGCAUUGAAUCUGAUACGACACUUGGAGUCAUGAGAGAUUUGAUGCUGAUCAUUUUUUAAAUUUAGAGCUUAAAUGGUAUUAAAAUAAUACCAUUUGUGACCUUACACUGAAAUAACGUACGCUAAUGGCUUUCCGUUUUCAAACGGCUUUCCGUUUACAAUACGUUUGUCAACAGUUCAAAUGGCUUGGUCGCCGUUUAUAAGAAACAUCAGCCCAUUAGAACAGCUUCGUCACCCAUUCAUUGGAAACAUCAGUCCCUUCAAACAACUUAGUUACCCCUUUAUUAGAAACAUCAAACAGUUCGAAUGACUUUGUCAUCCGUUUGUUGAAGACAUCAGGCCAUUUGAAUGACUUGAUUGCUUGUUCGUUGAAGACAUCAGGCUGUUUGAACAGCUUGGUCAUUCGUAUUGUAGCAUCCCUUUGAAUUUUCUGUUGAAUGACAUGGGAGACAAGUCGCGCUAUCCGUUCAAAAAAUUUCACUUGUUUGAGCGGUCAUUUAAUUCAAUGUUUUCAAGAUUUGUUCGACUUUAUUUGCACAAGUUUAUCGGCUUUGAACUCUUAUUUUGCCCUUACUGAAAUAAUGUGCAAACACAAGCAAUCAUGCAGUGGAUUUUUUUUUUCAGAUAUAGCAGACUGUGAGCUUUUCUGCAUCAACGAUCCCUUAUCAGACAAAAAAUCUAAGCUAAAGAUAUCCUAUAUGAUAUCUAGAGGAUACAAGUAGAACAUCCUGUAUGUAAACAAAACAUUUCAAAAGAAACCUGAACACUUUUGCUCUCUGCAUUUUUAAAUUACAAAUGAAACAUUUUUUGCCAAUGACUUGUUCUACAUACAUGUAAAAAAUACAGAGAAUCAAUUAAAGAAGCCCGUGUGUCAUUCGCUCUCUUCUCAUUCAAGUGGAUAGUAUUGUGUUACCUAAUAAUAAUAAUAAUAAUAGUAGUUUAUUGAUAUCCCUCUCGCAGCCUAAAGGCUGAAUUACAAGGAAGGUCAGUGACACUAACAGAAGACAAUACAAUACAAAAACAAUCAAAUAGAUAAUUAUGUAAAUAUGAUUGAAAGCACUACAUAACAGAGAAAAAAUAACAAGCACAAGAUUACAACUGGUCUUGAAACUUAAUGGUGCAGAAAUCUGCGAAUCGCUUUGUCUUGGGGACAAGGCGCACCGGAACACAUUCGCCUGAAUGGAGGCAGUAUGGCCUGUCAAUUGACACACAAGGAAUUAACGGCUUGAGUACUGGAGACAACAGGCAGUCACGCUUGAUAAAAUUAAUGCAAGCUUCCUCCCUUCUCUGGGAAAGGGCAGUGAUGCCAGGUUGAAUUAGAGCGUCGUCAUAGUGACAGUUGGACAAAACGAUGCGUGGGGCCCUUUUUUCUACAGAUUCUAUAACGUCAUCUAAAUACUUUGGCAGGGCUGCCCAAACAGGGCAGGCGUAUUCAAGUACAGAUCUUACAAUGAUACGGUACACUUGCACUAGCUGUGUGAUAGUGAGGCCACUUUUUUUAAGCGCGCGCAAUGCGUACAAACGCUUGAUGUAACUCAGGUUUGCUUUAUGCAAAUUAAUUUUUGGUAAGACGUACUGUAAUCUGAGAAUUGCAACUAGAAAUAGAAUCGUGCAUGGAAGAAUUUUCUUACUGCAUUGAAGUUGCUGUCAAAAGAAAACAAGCCAACAGGCAAAAUUCAAAGCUGCCAUGUUUUUGUGCAACUUCAAAUAAUACCGGUAAAUGAAGCGGAUGUCACGCACAACACAGUAAAGAUAAACAAAUGGCAACUUUCCUUUAAAUUCGAGUUUUGCUUCAGUAGAAUGUAGUACAAAGUGCUGCUUAUCAAAAUUUAACUGCUUUCUUGUUUUAGAACAGCUUUUAUCAUAACCUAAAUUGGACCAGAUUAAUUUGUCCAUUCCUUCAGAAUGAUAACAUGACACCAUGGUUCUUCAUGAGCCGUUCACAAUUGAUUGGAAAUCCAUUCACCCAUGUAUGUCAACCCGUUCAAACGGGUGAGUAAGCCAUUCAACUGUUCAUGCUAGCCAUUGGGAAUACUUCAUAAACUGUUCAGCUGUUUGAAGAACCCAUUUGAAUGGGUGAGUGAGCCAUUUUCAACCCGUUCAGAAGCCAUGCAUUUUAUCUGUUUAAUGGAAAGCCAUUAGUCUACAUUUUCCCUUGGAAGAUCACAUUUUGUAACUUUGAAAGUUAUCUUCAUAUUAAUCAAAUUUGUAAUCAAAUGCAGUGUUAUUUUUGCUUUCUCUCAUUUAUUAUUUUUUUUGUUAAUUUGCAAAGGGAUAUUACAAACAUGUACAAGGAACCCCCACCUGGGCUUCAUAUUGCUGCCGAUGAAGAUGACAUUACAAAGGUUUGUUCUCAAAUAAAAAUAAGGGAGGGGGAUAAAUGAAAGAGAAGAUGAUGAUAAUGGUUUGGGGGGAUUAUUUGAGGGAGGGGAUAAAUCGAGGGAUGGCUAUCAUUCAAGGAAAUAAUAUGGUAAUGAUAAUUCUUACACUGUCCUUGAUUGUUAGUCAUACUGUAGUCAUUUUAAGUACCUUCCAAAUAAAUGUUAGUGAGGAUCAGCACACCUCCUGCUCCUUUGCUGGCUUUAAGGCAAGUCUCUCUCUUAAUUUUUUUUUUCUCACCUGGACUUUUUUUAGUGAGCUUAACAUGACAAAUCGUAAUAAGAACCUCGUGAUAUAUUCUUUUAUGUCUUUUAGGUUCAUGCACUAGUUGUUGGACCACGUGGCACACCAUAUGAGGGUGGAUUCUUUUACUUUCUGAUCCUUUUUACCCCUGAUUACCCAAUAAAACCUCCAAAGGUCAAACUAAUGACUACUGGUGGGGGUAGGGUCAGGUUCAACCCCAAUCUUUAUGCAAAUGGCACGGUUUGCCUAAGCAUUUUAGGGUAAGUAGCCAAUGUACUGUUUGUGUAAAAAGGUACAUGUAAAAAUGUAAAUUAGCUACAGUCCCAAUAUUUUUUAUAGGUAAGAGGUUGAGAAUCAAAUUAUUCAAAACUUCUCACAAAGAAGGUCACAUAUAUGUGCAAGUACUAGGUUCAAUUACCAGUCGCUGUUCAGGAAAUAAAUCGAUGCUCCUCCACCCCACAGAUGGCUGGAUGCAUGCCUUUUCUAUUGUUGAUUUUUGCCUGUCAGAUUAUUUGGGCAGGCAGCAUAGAUCCCUAGAACAGAUUUCAAUCAGCGGAUGGAAAUUGUAAGUUAAGGCUUUCUUUGAUGUGGCAUGCGGGUAAGUUUUGGAACCUUUCUAAGCUAAAAAAGCUGAAACAAUGACCUACAACAAAAAGGGUUAGAGGAUCUAGUAAAAUUAAUGCUGAGCAAACAUAUCUGGAUUGUCAAUAAUUAUUUUCCAGUCUGUACCGAUGGUUGUUGACAGCCAUCGUGAAAGAGACAAUAAUUAUUCAAGUCCAUUUUUGUUGUUAUUUCACCCUUAAUUUCACUAAUGCAAAAUCAACAGAAAUACCUUACGUUGUAAAUCAGUAGGCCUGGCGGCUGAGUUUAUUGAAAAAGAUCAAAGCGACAAAGGAACAAAAUGAGAACAUGACUACAUGUAUGUCAAACUCUCUCGUCUCCAGGAGGAUUGAGAGAGCUGCAAAAAUUUAGCCUAGCCACACACUAAUUAACUGGGCAUAAACCGACUGUGCUAAUUUUUGCCCUUUAGAUCCUACUCUUUAAAUUAAUUUUUGCUCAGUCUUUAUAGUCACAACCCGUUCAUGUAUGGGUGAGUAAUAAUGGUGUUCAGCAUACAUGCACGAGCUCACAGUAUUCACACUUGCUGUCUGUGGAGGUCCAGGAUAUGAGUUCCUCGCCUAUCACCAUUUAGAUUUGUUUCACAGGUGUUGAGAACAGCCAACUGGUUUAAUUUACCUAUUACCACUUUAUAGGGUUUUAAUUGUGCUUAUUAUUUUGUAUUUGUAUGAGUGAGGUCUUUAUACCCUUCAACCAGCUGCAAAAUUUUCUAUCAGACACUGUGAUGUACGUAAUGGGCCAAAAAUAGUGUUAACAUGUUUCAGACUUUGCAUGGUAUGGGCACCUUGACCUCGCUAUUUUUAAAGAAUGUACAUGUACUAUUUCUUUUUUGUUCCUUUAACAGAACUUGGCAUGGUCCAGCCUGGAGUCCUGCUCAGACUCUGUCAAGUCUUCUAAUCUCAAUCCAGUCUCUUAUGAAUGAGAAUCCAUAUCACAAUGAACCUGGAUAUGAAAAAAGGGUUGGUAUAUACACCUUUUGCUGUUCAUUACGAGAAAAUACGCAAUCAUUUGUGUGAAACGGCGACCAAUAGUGAGAAGAUACAUUCAUUAGCGCAAAAAUACGAACAUUUCAGGGCCGUAGCCAGGAAGAAACUACAACCGAGGCAAACACACGGUCCGUUGUACGAAAUCAGCCGUAUGAAAUCUUCUAAUAUUAUCAGUCUGAUAAAAAAAAUAAAAAUCGACAGUAUUUGGUAAAAUUUCACCGAGGCGAGUGCCUCGGUUCGCCUCAUACUGUCUACGGCGGUGCAUUUGGGCAUAAAUCAGAUUCAAAUACGAUUUUUGCAUUUUAAUCAACAUUCAAUAACACUUUUGGGCAUUCAUGUGCGUCAUUGAGCAUACAAAAGAGAAAAAUAUACUUUCAUUAACGCCAACAUCAAAGUCAUUAACACCAUCUUGAAAGUCAAUUACAAUAGGGACAACUGACAUACAUUAAAGUGCAAACACUAUUCAUUAACAUUUUUAUGACACUGUUUGCGAUUCAACAGCAUUCCUGGACAACGUUAGGAUGGAUAAGACAAACAUUAAUGCGCUUGUACAAUCAAUUGAGUGUUCUUUACAUUUAAUAUACAAAAAUCGGUUUUCAAUUAAACAACAGAAAUUCAAACAAAUUUUGCCUGAAUUUCAGUCCUUUAAAUGUAUAUCCCUCAAAAACCUCGCUAUUUAAACAUUUGGGGAGGUAGGUUUGCAUGAAAUGGUACCCUUUAGCACAUUUAGCUGCGGUCACAAUGUCAUGUUUCUGUGCAGAGCUUCAAGCACUGCAAUUGUUGUUUUCGAACUCCGCUAGUGGGGUUGCUAGGGCUUUGCCCUCAUUCCUGUUAUACAUCUGUAAAUUUCUGGACUUGAGAUGUUGGCCUUUGAUGUCGCUUCCAGACAACUUAAAUCCUUUUCAACAAUGUCGAGGGGGGAAGCAUAAACCGUGUAUUUAUGGGGCGGGAAUGGCCAAAUCUAGGUGGGCUGGAACCCCGUCAUACGCAAAGACCACCGACUUAUCGGGAUCCAUUUUUUCCUUGCCCGUGCCAGAAAGUCACCGAAAAACCGACACAGUAUUCUUUACUCCAGCAGCUGCCAAGAAAAACAUUUGAUAGGUAAUAUUGCCAUGGUCAUAGUCAAGUUUCGUCCUCAUUGACCGCACACUUUACGGUACGCCCUCCACUCCCUGUCGCGCCCCACCAUGACUUCUGGCCAUCUAAGGUAAAUGUAUAGCCGCAGCCAUCGACGAACACACAGUGGCGAAGUAUGGCGUGAUUCUUUAAACAAAUUCGGGCCAAUUUUGGGGGGGAAUUGGUAUUGUUUAAUUGAAAAUAUAUUUUUGUAUAUUAAAUGUAAAGAACGUUCAAUUGAUUGUACAAGCGCAUUAAUGUUUGUCUUAUCCAUUCUAAAGCUGCCCAGGAAUACUAUUGAAUUGCAAACAGUGUCAGAAGAGUGUAAAUGAAUAGCAUUUGCACUUAAAUGUUUGCCUAUUGUUCCUGAUGAUUAUCAAGAUAAUGUUAAUGACUCGAAUGUUGGCGUUAAUGAAAGUAUAUUUUCUCUUUGGUAUGCCCAGUGACCCAAAUGAAUACCCAAAAAUGUUAUUGAAUGUUGAUUAAAAUUAUGCAAAAAUCGUAAUUGAAUCUGAUUUAUGAGCAAAUGUUCGCUUUUUCGCGCUAAUGAAUGUAUCUUCGCGCUGUUGGUCGCCGUUUUACACAAAUGAAUGCGUAUUUUCUCGUAAUGAACAGCAAAAGGUGUAAUAUAAUCAUCAUUUUGAUCAAGACUCAGGGCUGUCACUACGAUUUUAAGUUAAUGGGUGUAAGCAAAUUAGACUUUAGGCAGAGAAUAAAAGAAGUAUAUGUAGGAAGUUCUUUUGGUUUUAUCUUCCUUUUACACUGUUUCUUAUGAAAGUAUUGGUAGUCGGGGGGCCCUACCCCCUGGCUCUAAGGGACAGCCCUGAAGACUACAUAGGGCUUAAGGGAGCUUUAUCAUUCAGUUUAGCCAGAUAGCCUGAACUGGCAAAUAUAACAUUGACCACCUGAGACACUAAAAGACCAUUUACAUGACAGUAAAUUUACAAGAAAGCUCUCAAAGUGUAUCACUGUUGUAUCAUUGUACAUAACACAGGCAACCCGAACGCUGUAUCAGCUAAUAGAAAAAAUUAGAUGUACCGCUGUAUUUAUACUGUAUUAGCUACUAAAAUAAUAAGAUGUAUUUACCUGACAGUGUGUUCCUCUGUCUUUAUGACUUGUUUUGGAAGGGAUUUGAAUCUGAUUAGACAUGGUUAACAUUGCUGGUAUCAAAUGGUUGUUUGUGUGGCGUUUCAUAAAUAGGACACGACAGUUACGUCUUAAGUUUCCAAUAUAUUGAAUUGAAACCAGAGAUCGUCUCCCAAGGAGAGUUAAUAGUUAACUUGAGACAGAACUGUUGCGUCCGAUGUGCCAGACAAACAAACAUUUUAUACCGGCAAUGUUAACCAUCUCUGGUCGGAUUCAAAUCCCUUCCAAAACGACUCAUAAAGACACAGAAAAACAGGUAAAUACAUUUUUUUUAAUUAGUUAAUACAGCUUAAAUGCAUCUAAUCAUUUUAUUAGCUUUUACAGCAUUCGGGUUCCUGUGUUUAUAAUACAGCUGUUAUUUUGUUAGUAUUACAUACAUGUUAUGGUCUGAGUGUAUAAUUAUGUGUCUUUGUAUCUCAGUUGUGGCUUGUGUGGCUUUGUGUCUCUGUAUGUGUGUUGCAGGAUGAUGGAACAAUAGACUAUGAGUUGACAGCUGGCGAUACUAGGAACCAAUCAUAAAUAAGAUGUUGGCGUCUAUGACUCAGUAGGUUUUAUAAGAUAUCCCAAAUACAAUAACUGUUUCUUCUUUUAUCAGGAAACAAGCAAAGGUGACUCCAGCCAAUAUAAUGAAGUAAUUCAGCAUGAAACUCUCCGAGUUGCAGUCUGCGAUAUGUUAGAAGGUGCACAAAAAUGUCCCCCAGUCCUCAGGUGUGUUGGAAUGUUGAUACAUGUACUGUAAUAACCGGCUCCUGGUAAUAAUUUAGAGACACUUUCAGGACUCGAAAAAAAAAGUGAAUUACCAGCUUGUUCUUUGGGCAAGCGGCUCUCACAUUUGCUUGUCUGGGGCCACUUACAUGUACUUGUCUUAUAGUUAAUGAUUUGUUAGAGGAUGGCUUGCUUGGUCUUUUGUCCAUUGGGCAAGUGAGCCCAGCAAGAAACUCCACUAGUCCUGGCCUACAGGAAAGAUGUUGACCAGCAUUGUAGCUGGCAAUGCAUUGGUUGGUGUGUUAAUAAAAUAAAGAAAGUGGUAUUUGAGUGCACUCCAUUGCAGCCUUUUUCGGGCUCUCAGGUGGUGUUUUUAGAUAGCUUUGGACGUCACGAAAACCAGCUUAGCAAAAAUAAGACUUGCUUGCUCUGGUAAAGGGGGGCAGUUAUCACGAUCCUGGCACUUCACUUUCUCGGAGUCUGGAACAGGAAAACUCCAUUGAACAAAAAGAAUCCAGAUUCAGAAUUUGGCAGUUCCAUAACCUUAGAAAUGUCUUUUUCGCGUAAAUGUGUGUUCUAAAAUAUCUGGCGUUAAACGAAAAAGAUUUGCACCAAAUUUGGUUAGGGCAAAUAUGAUGCAAAGAUGCGCAAACUAGGGGUGUGAUCAGGGGCAAAGAUGGAAUAUGCCAGCCACAUUUGCCUGCUAAUGUACAUUUUAAUUGACACGUAGUUUGCACUUCUCUGCAUCUUUUUUCCUCUAAGCAAAUUUGGUACAAAUCUAUUUUUACCAGCUUGGAAAGGGAGGAUAAUCCUUUGUUUGUUUGUUUUGUUUUGUUUUGUUUUGUUGUUUGUUUGUCGUUCCAUUGUGGGAUUUUUUGUUUUAAAGUGAAUCGCAUUCAAAGUUUAUCGGAAUUUUGAGAGAGUUUUGUCGAGGAGACUUCCAUAACUUACAUGUAAUGUCAUUCAUUUUCCUCUCGAGGUUUCUAGACUGGUUGAAUACACGUAGAUUGCGUCUUUUGUGAAAACUGCAUUAACUUCCUCAUUUUUAUUGCAGGACGAAAAUUAAGAAAUUAUUCCCCAAGUUUUACGACAGUUACUGUAAAAUCAUUUACGAGAAGAUGCAUUUAAAUGGCAAGAAAAUGAAGGUAAGAAAAUCAGCAUACCUUAUAAAAUGAAAUGAUCACGCUUCAUUAAAUUAACGCAAAUUUCCAAAAUUCGAGCUAAAUUAAGUCGCUUCAGUUUUUGUAAACGUUGAUUUCCGCGCCCUUAAUUAAGUGUAGCGUUAAUUUCCGCGACUUUAAUUUCCAUUAUGUUGGUCCGAAAUUCUCGAUAAACGUUUGUCGUUUUUGACACCUAAGAAAGAGGAAUAUUUUAACUGUGGAAAGAUCCUCUAGUACAGUGUAUCAUUGAAACUGUGAAGAACCCUCGCAGUGGUCAGAUUUGUUCGCUUGACCCUCUUCGUACGUUUAGGAUAUAGCACAAACAAAGUUUCCAUUUCGGAUGAUAUCUUUUACGUUUAUUCCUGUUGUCUAUUGAGCAAGAAGUUUGUACUUCCUUUGUACGUCCUUCAUUUUGAAAUGUUACCCUCCCUUUUGCGUUAACAUUCUACUUAUAAAAGUCGUUUGCCAUUAAAUUCGCGUAAAUUUAAGUUUUGUUAAUUUCUAAUACCUUUAUUUCUUGGACUCCGAUAAUACGUUAUGCACCAGUCACGACAGUCGGUUGUUCGAACACACUGGGAUUCAGGAGUUUGUUUUUGUUUUUGUUUUUUGUUUUUUUUUUACAAAAAUCAUAUGCAGUUUAAGUUUUAGCCUGAGAAAACAGCCGACAUGUUGCGACGCCACCACUGGUUUCCCCGCGAAUUGACGUCUGAGAAACGAGCGCAUAUGACGUAUCACUACCAACAUAUCGGGGUAGCGCUUCUGACUGGUUGAAGAAAAUUUUCAGCCAAUCAGUGGCUCUACCCAGAUCUGGGUAAUAACGCGUCAUCAGUAUGGAAUUUCUACGCUCGUUCCUCAGACGUCAUUUCGCGGAGAAACAGGUGUUGGCGUCGCCAAAUUUUGUAAGUGCAUUGAUAUUUCUAAAAAAAAAAAAUAAGAAAAAACAUUAAUUUCCCUGGUGAAUGAUAGUUUGAAUCAGAGGUAAGAAACCACGGAGAUUAACAAAAGGGUUGAAUCCAACCUCGUUCCCAGGGUAGGAGAGAACCCUGGGAACGAGGUUGGGUUGAAUCCGGAUAAAGAUGAUUUAAUUUAUGAUGCCGUCAAUUUGUUUUUAUAGGAUCCUUUUGAGAAUAACUCUGGAGUGUUUGAUUAUUUGUCGCUUAAAUUAAGACUAGAAGCUAUCAAGAGAAAAAUCGACCAAGAGAAGGCAGCGGGAAAGGAGGAAGAUAAUUCAUCGAGCGAUGACGAAGAAGAAACGCCAAAACCGCCCAUCUCCGAAACUCCUCCCCCAGAAAUUGAAGAUUGGGGGGAGUUUUUAUAUGAUAGCGACGACUGAUUUGGUAAUUCACAUUUAUGCAAAGCAGGAAAAUGUCUCAGAACAUAAGGAAAUUCUACCUGCAAUGACAGAAGAAAGAACACCAUUGUACAUAUAACCACAGCAUCAACUGGAUUAUUUAUUCUCUAAUUUGUUAGAGGCGUAUUGGGAGAAUAACGUUAAUAAUUACCCACUUUUGAAUCUUACAGUCAUUGUUUACAUGUAAUUUUUUUUUUAGUAUAAUUAUAAUAAGAUGCAUUCGUUUUCUGAGAGUUUUCCGAGAGUUCAUUACUUUUCAGUACAUCAAUUCUUUGUCCGGGGAAAGAUUCAGCCCAUUCAGUUUAUUUGCUGUGACGCGCCGGGAAAAUGAUUAGUAUACUAACAUAGACUACGAGUAGUCCCCAUUUUUCCUCAGGGAUAGUAAAGCGAGCGA